AUGGAAAUCUUAGCACCUUUAAGUAGGCCUCAAGAGGACCUCUUGUCAGAUGCAAUGGGUGACCACACAGCAACAGGAGAGCCAAACCAACUUCCUACAGAUGUUAACAAAGACCCUGACAUUGUAAACAAACUUUGGUUCUUAUCAGCUGAUAUUAACAACUGUACAAUUAAAUUAGUAUAUAUUAAUUAAAUGGUAUAUAUGCGACGUUUAAUUAAAUGUUCAAUAUGCGAUGUUAAUAAGGGUUACAUCAUCAUACAAUAAAGCUUUGUAAUCUUAUCAAUUGUUUAUGAUACAAAGUUGUGUAAUUUCUGAACUUUUCUCUCUAUACUGUGUAUUUUAACUUGCAGACUGACUGGGAGUUUAUUGAACCCAGUGAAGCCCUUGAGUAUAAAAACCUGGAGGUAUUUAUUUUCUAAUUUCAAACUUUGCUACUUUGCGCAAUGGCUGAUGUGAUUAUACAAAAAUAUACAAUAUAUUAUGCUGGUGUCCAGACACUUUCCUAGGGAUGAUUAAAUGUAUUGAAUCUGGACUGUCAACAUCACAUUAUCCCACUUAGCUAAAGCCUAGGCAUUAGCUCUGGGAGCUAAAAACAAGCAAUCAGCAAUGAAACAAUCAGCAGGGUUACUUAUUACAUGGCUACACUACACCACCCUUUGACCUCCUCUCUGUAGCAACCCCAGCAGCUGAUAGACAUUGAUUGGGUGAUCAGAGUGAGUCACAGCACCAAAAAAACGGUUAACUUUUAUACAAAGUUGAGAGAAUUUACUUUUUGGGUUCAUUUCUGAACUUCUCUCUGUUGCAGCAGGAUUCUCCAAAAAGUAAGUAACUACCUGUUACAAAUUGAACGUUGAUAUUAUACCCAGAGGUGGGCAGCUUAUUACGUUUCCCUGCGCUGCAGCACAGGUUAAGAAAAGUGCUGCUGCAAAGCGGAUAUCACUGCACAAUCAGGGGCAUAUUUCAGAAAUGUCAACUAUGUAUUUCAUUGCAAUUUUGCCGCUUGUAAAUGUACCACAAUGUACCAUUGUUGCAGCACAGGCAUUUUUUACAUACAUGUUUUUUCUCUCUGUAGAGCCAAGGAUAGCUAUACUAGUUACUGUAGCUGGGAAUACUCUGGGGUCUCAUGAGGGCAUAACACAGCAACUCACCGCAACCACUACCGGUACUGAGGUGACAUCACAAGAGGAGAGUGAUGUCAUCCUGGUUUUCUGUCCCAUCGUCUCUCGUGCUGGGACUGAUAUUGAGGCAGCACUGCAGCAGAUUCCAGGUAGUUCAGUAAUCUGACCAAAUUCCUCUGACAGCUACUGUCUUCCAUGUUUAGGGUCAAAAUAAAAGUAAUUGACAAUGGCAACAGUAAUUUAUGCAUAUUUUUACAUUUAGCAUACAUUACUAGGCUACACAUAUCCAUGGUUAAGAGUUGACAUGUAUUUUGUUUCCUUUUUGACAGUUGGUAAACCUGUCAUUCUGGUAGUGCUGCAUCACACCUUCAACCCAGACUACACCGUACCUGACAGCAGCAGACUAGUGACCAGAGGUGAUGUAAUACUCACAGUGGACUGUCUCUUCCAUGAGAGCAAGGGACUAUUGGAGUGUCAUCGCAAUGAAGAAGCAGUCAAAGAGAUUCUGAAGAAGCUUAAUAUACAUCCUGAGGUAUUCUAUCAUUUUUACACCAUUUUAAAUACAAUGUGACUCUAUAGAAUAAUUUUUAUACAAGGAGAACCAGUUUUUAUUUAUUGUUAUUUUUUCACAGAUUGCAGUUUCUUCCUUUGACCCUCGUAUGAUCAUCGGGUGGUUCUUAACUGAGGUUUUCCAAUUGUUUAAGUCAGUUCUAAAUUCAUGUAGGUAUAUUCAUUGAUAUUAUCAUUGUAAUUACAUGAACACAGGUCAAAUUGAUAUCACAUCAAGAUAAGCUGAAAGUACAAUUUCAAAUGUUAUGUUAGCAUCAGUAAUCAAAAUUGAAUUCUGCAACCUGACACCACACUAGCUCCUAUUUGUACUGUGUUAAUUGUGCCUGGGUGUUUAUAGUGUGAAUAAGUCAAUGAUGCUGACAUUGCCUUUAUGAAUAACAGGAACAUUAAAGGGAUACUUGGGGAUUUUGGCAAUGAGGCCCUUUAUCUACUUCCCCCGCAGAGUCAGAUGAACUUGUGGAUAUGAUUUUUAUGUCUAUGCAUGCUAGUAGAUACCCGUAGCCUUCCAGUCAUGGGUAUCUGCUAGCAUGCUAGUAGAGACCCAUAGCCUUCCAGUCAUUGCGCUAACACUAGUUAGCAAUUGCACUAGCACUAAUUAACAAACUUCCUUCAAACUGCAGAGACAUAAAAAUGGUAUCCACGAGUUCAUCUGACUCUGGUGAAGUAGAUAAAGGGCCUCUUUGCCAAAAUUCCUAAGUAUACAUUUACAUUUUAGUCAUUUAGCAGACGCUCUUAUCCAGAGCGACUUACGGGAGCAAUUAGUGUUAAGUGCCUUGCUCAAGGGCACAUCGACUGAUUUGUCACCUAGUCGGCUUGGGGAUUCGAACCAGUGACCUUUAGGUUACUGGCCCAGCGCUCUUAACCACUAAGCUACCUGCCACCCCUUUAAUGAAAAACAUAUCCAAUGGUGUUUAGGGUUUAGGAUGACACAAUAAGGGCCUGUGGCUCAUAAAGCUGCAGGAUAUUAGAUUUAUAUCAGGCCAAGAUACUAUCAGUAACAUCUGAUGUGGUUUUGUUUCUUUAGGUUGGCAAAGGGUGGGUUGGCCAGAAUCGCUGAGUCUUACCUCAACCACUGCAACAGAUGA